GAAAGGCCGAUCAGGUCCACAACCCUAAAGGUGCGAAGCACUACACUGUAUUCCCUCGAGUGCGCACCCACUUCACCUGCCGGUUCUCGGUCAGCUCUCAAGCUUCAAAUAGGAUUCGAGCAAGACAUCCUUAAAUUACACAUAAAAAUUUAGUAAUUUUUAACGAAACCAUAUCCGAGGUUUGUGAAAUUCAAGAUUAUUAAGGCUUUAAUGGAGGGACUGAUGAGUUUUCAAGCGCAAUCUGUUCGUGCUGUCUCUAGAGAGCAAAGCUCGGUACCACUUCCUACAUUUUCUUCAAAAAUUACUAGAGUUUCUGUUCAGCCAAUUGGAAUGGUGAGAAAUUCCAAGUUGUUUAAUUCAUUUGUUGCUUCAGUUCAGCCCGUUGAAGCCUCUGCUGUUACCCCUUUUGACAAUACAUUACCAUCUAAAGAAGUUCUUGAUGUUUGGCAAAAUGCGAGUGCUGUAUGCUUUGAUGUGGAUAGCACUGUGUGCAUAGACGAGGGCAUAGAUGAAUUUGCAGAGUUUUGUGGAGCUGGAAAGGCUGUAGCAGAAUGGACUGCUAGGGCAAUGAAUGGCUCUGUUCCUUUCGAAGAUGCAUUGGCAGCUCGUCUGUCUCUUAUCAACCCUUCAUUGUCCCAACUCCAGGAUUUUCUUAAGAGACCUCCAAGACUUUCUCCUGGCAUUGAUCUAUUGGUCAAGAAACUGAAGGAUAAAAAGAAAGAUGUUUAUCUGGUCUCAGGCGGGUUUCGUCAAAUGAUCAAUCCUGUCGCAUCAAUCCUUGGUAUACCACUUGAAAAUAUUUUUGCCAAUCAAAUGCUCUUUGGGAGUAAUGGAGAAUCUGCCGGGUUUGAUAAAAAUGAGCCAACUUCAAGGAGUGGUGGAAAACCUACUGCCGUUCAACAAAUAAAAAAGGCUCAUGGAUACAAAUCAGUAGUGAUGAUUGGUGAUGGUGCCACUGAUCUUGAGGCUCGUAUGCCAGGUGGUGCGGACUUGUUUAUUUGCUAUGGAGGAGUUCAACUAAGAGAAUCAGUUGCAGCUAAAGCUGAUUGGCUGGUGUUUAAUUUUAAGGACUUGAUUAACUCAUUGGAAAACUGGGAGCUUACAGCACCAUUUAGGGGAUGCAAAAUUCAAGUUCCUACUAAGUUUGUGGUGGGUGAUCUGGACGCGACGUAUAAUGUUCCAGGAACCAAGGAGUAUAUACACAAUGGUGGUUUCAAGAAAGAAGUGCCUAAUUGGCAGGAGGGUGUUGUAAUGGAGGAAGUAGCUCACUUCAUCAACCAAGAAAAGCCUGAUGAAAUAAAUGCCCACAUUUAUGAUUUUAUUCAGAGGUUUUAAUCAACAGAUGCCCUCUUAGUCGUCCAGGUUACUACAACUUCAUCACUUGAAAUAAGCAAUGAUACGGUAUACACUGUAAUGCUACCACUUGAAUGUAUAUCUAUGAUUGAUACCGCAUUUUCCUUUUCUAUAAAUCACUGGAGCUUUUGGCAGAA